GAGCACCGGUUUUUUACUUUUCCGAUGAUCAAUCAAACUCCGACGACCAAAAUCACCAAGAUAGUCGGUAUAUAACGGUAAUCGAUAGAUUUCGUAUGGUGGUUUUUUGCUUUUUGGUGGAUCAGACUCGAAAGAUGAGGAGGACGAAGCCGGUGGCCGGAUCUUGUUCCCGGUGCGGCCGUGGAGCCAAAGUCGCCGAUAUGUUAACGGCGACAAGAUUCUGCUUCAUCCCGUUUUAUUGGAGAUCAUGGAAGGCCAUCGUUUGUACGUUCUGUGGUGCCACUCUUAAAACUUAUCGAUAGCUUUCGCCGGAAAAAACGCUUCCGAUAGCUUUCGCCGGAAAUCCCUUUUGAUAGCUUUCGCCGGAAAAGCUUGUUUGCUAUCACACCGACCGGAAUACAGGUGAAGAUUUAAAAACUAAAUGAUCAUGGAAUUGGAAACCAAGAGAAACAUCAACUGAUGUGUGUAGGUUUGUUUGUUGUAUCGAAAAGACGUAUGGAUUACUACUAGUUUUAUGGGUUCGUUUUGAAAUACUUUUUGGUGAUUAAUCAAAUCUUGCGUUCCUGCA